GGAAUACCUUUCAGAGUAGUUUAUCACUCGUGCAUUGAGUUUAAACAACAAAAUGUUUUCAAAAUCAUUUUUCUGUCUCGUGGCGGUACUAUUGUGUGCCCAGGCCGUUUUCGGAAUAACCAUAAUCUCCAAAUCGGAAUGGGGUGGAAGAAAUCCAACUAGCAAAAGUACUCUAGCUAGCGGCUUGUCUUAUGCUGUUAUUCAUCAUACCGAAGGAUCCAGUUGUAGUACAAAAGCUGCCUGCAUCCAACAAAUGAAAAACAUACAAAGCUAUCAUAUGGAUUCUUUGGGUUGGGCUGAUAUUGGUUACAAUUUCUUGAUUGGUGGUGAUGGUAAUAUUUAUGAAGGCCGCGGUUGGAAUGUACUUGGUGCCCAUGCAUCUAACUGGAACUCAAAAAGUCUUGGCAUCUCCUUAAUGGGCAACUUUAACAAUUAUUCACCCACUGCAGUUCAAAUUUCUGCCGCUAAAGAAUUAUUAGCCUACGCUGUGACGAAGGGACAAAUUACAUCCGGCUACAUUUUGUACGGACAUCGUCAAGUUGGUUCAACUGAUUGUCCUGGCACAUAUUUAUACAGUGAGAUCAAGUCAUGGUCACACUGGAAGGCCUAAAUUGAUCUCAUGACUUUUUAAAUAAAAGCAUAUUAAUAAUGAA